AUGGCAGCUGCAGCACCACCAACAUCUACCGGCUCCCUGAAGCUGGAUGCCCUGAAGCAAAACGCCGAAGCGCAGGACCCGAGGAAACUCAGCGGCCUUGCGCUCUACUCUAGAUUCGCCUUCGCUGGCGCUGUCUGCUGCUCGGUGACCCACGGUGCCCUCACACCCGUUGAUGUCGUCAAGACACGGAUACAGCUCGACCCAGUCACCUACAACCGGGGCCUGAUCGGCGGAUUCCGACAAGUCAUCGCCAAGGAGGGCGCCGGCGCCAUCUGGACAGGUUUCGGCCCUACGGCCGCAGGCUACUUCCUCCAGGGCGCGUUCAAGUUCGGAGGCUACGAGUUCUUCAAGCAGCGCUGCAUCAAUGUCCUCGGCUACGAGACCGCUUCCAACAACCGCACCGCUGUCUACCUCGCCUCGUCUGCCGCCGCCGAGUUCUUCGCUGAUAUCGCGCUCUGCCCGCUCGAGGCUACGCGUAUCCGUCUCGUGUCGGAGCCGACGUUCGCGAAUGGCUUGGUUGGCGGGUUCGGCAAGAUUCUGAGGACGGAAGGUGUGGGUGCUUUCUACUCUGGCUUCGGUCCUAUCCUGUUCAAGCAGGUCCCGUACACCAUGGCCAAGUUCGUCGUCUUCGAGAAGGUCUCCGAGCUGGUCUUCAAGAAUUUCGACAAGAACAGCAUGUCCAGCGGCGCACAGACAGGUGUCAACCUCGGCUCCGGUCUCAUCGCUGGUUUCGCCGCCGCCAUCGUCUCCCAGCCGGCCGACACCAUGCUCAGCAAGAUCAACAAGACCAAGGGUGCUCCGGGUGAGGGCACUACUAGCCGACUGAUCAAGAUCGCGAAGGAGCUUGGCCUCCGCGGCAGCUACGCUGGUAUCGGCGCUCGUCUCUUCAUGGUUGGUACCUUGACUGCUGGGCAGUUCGCCAUUUACGGCGACAUAAAGAGAGCCCUAGGUGCGUCGGGCGGCGUAGAAAUUGCGAAGUAG